AUGGAAUCAACACUCUCCAGUUCACCUUCACAUACAGGUGUUACAGGUUCAGAACCUGUUGAAACAAAAAAUGAUUUGCAUUCAAAACCAGCAGAAAUGCCGGCAGAAUUACCACAAGAUCAGAACAGCCCGAUACCAACAACUACUGAUGUUGAACAACUGAGUGAACAAGCACCACAGAUGUUUAACGUAUCUGCUGGAGAAGCAACGGAAGAGCUUUCAGAUAUCAGCGAAUAUGAAGGAACGAUAAGUAAAUCGAUGAGAUCCACUCGUUUUGCAACUAUAAUUUAUACAAUUUCACCAUUUAUACGCAAUAAGAAAGUUCGUCUAAUGUUAAUUGUUAAUUGCUCUGCAUCGAUUAUUAAUAUGCUCCUGUUACUCCUGCUUACUACGUUUAUAAUUUGGAAUAUCGUUCUUACCUUUCAUAUAAACAAAACGAUGGGAAUAAUGAAACUUCCAUGUCUUUUUACUUACCUCGACUGGUCCGAUUGUUCAUCCACAUGUCGAACUUUUGGACAAGAUUUUCCGCAGCGUAUUCGUAAAGUGAACAAAAGUUCCAUAAUACAAGCUCGAAAUGGCGGAAAACCGGAAUGUCCUGCGGAUUUGCUCGAUCGUAUUGACAGCGCACCAUGCAGUACUUAUUUGUGUCCAACGAAUUUGUCGUAUUACAAUUUCAGCAGCUCUUGUCAUUAUAUUGAUGCGAAUCUACGAGAUGAAGGUGGAUGUUAUAAGAUUCGAGAUGUACCAUUGGAUGAUCGACUUAUUCUGAUCGAUACAAAUUUAACUAAAGAAUGUGAUUGUUCACUUUAUACGCACCUUUAA